GGAUUACUAGAUGUUUUUACACCUGCAGCAUCAAUAGAAAAUUUUAACGAAGUGUAUCUUGUCACCAAUUUAAUGGGUGCUGACUUGAAUAAUAUAGUGAAAUGUCAAAAAUUGACAGAUGACCAUAUACAGUUUCUUAUAUAUCAGUUACUUCGAGGACUAAAGUAUAUUCAUUCUGCUGGAAUCAUUCACCGGGACCUGAAACCCAGUAACUUAGCUGUAAAUGAAGACUGUGAAUUAAGGAUUUUAGACUUUGGCUUAGCCCGGCAAACUGACGAUGAAAUGACAGGCUAUGUAGCAACCCGAUGGUACAGAGCCCCAGAAAUCAUGUUAAACUGGAUGCAUUAUAAUCAGACAGUUGAUAUUUGGUCAGUUGGAUGCAUCAUGGCAGAGCUACUGAAGGGGAAGGCUCUUUUUCCAGGAAAUGACU